AUGGAGGACUUUGCGCCAGGAAAUGCCCUGAACCGUGGGUCGGUCAAUUCGGCACUGGAAAAUGCCGGUUACUUGAGUGACACUUCGAUGGAAACAACAACGACUACCGAUGGCCCGGCGGAAGCUCAACCAAAGAUGGAGAUCGAUUCAAUUUCUGGUGGCGAUUCUAAAAACCUUCCCCAGCCAACGCUGCUUUACAAGUCCAACCCCAAGUUUCCGCAAGUCGAGUUGUGCAAGGACUUUCGUGAUCGGGAUCAACUGACGGAUGUGACGGUCAAAGUCGGGGACAAAGAGAUCAGAGCGCAUAAACUGAUUCUAGCGGCGACGAUUCCGUAUUUUCAAAGCAUGUUUUGCUCCGGAAUGGUCGAGGUCAAGAAAGAAGUGAUUAAUGUUCAAUUUGACUUUGGCCCGGGAAGAUCACUCAAUCCUGAGGCGCUUCAAUCAAUUGUCGACUUUGUCUACUCGAGAGAAAUUCUUCUCAAUGUCGACACUGUCCAGGACUUGCUUCAAACAGCGACGCUUCUGGGAGUAGAUGAAAUUAUUGAAGCCUGUUCGGAUUUUAUGUCUUCUCACUUGUCGGAAGAGAAUGUGGUGACCGUUUGGUUGUUCGCGGAGAGUAUUAAUUGUAUUGGACUCAUGGUCUCUUGCGAAAGCUUCUGCAUUUCAACCUUUUCCGACGAGUCCUGGCAAGAGCCUUUUGCUCAGCUCCCCUUAAAAUUCCUCAUCCGCAUCCUUGAAACUAACGAGCUAAACGUAAAGAGCGAAGUCAUCGUCGUCGAAAUGGUGAAAAACUGGCUCAACACAGACACUGAAAAUCGAAUUGAACACCUUGAGACGCUCCUCCGCGCGGUUCGACUUGACCAACUCUCGCUUGCGGAACUUCUAGACUAG